AUGAUAGACACUGUCACAAAGCAUUCUGUGUUGAGCACAGAUGUCCUGACCGACACUGACAAAGCACUCGCGAUCAGCAACGAUCCACAACCAGAAGACACUCCAUCACGCGCAGCCGUGAGCAACCUCACCAUGUCACACGGACACGUUGGAAUUUGGCCGCUCGACGAGGUUGGAUACGAACAUGUUCCUGCGUACACCCAUCCAGAUUCUCUUUCCAAUACAGAAUGUUGUUCCUGGUUGGAAGCGCUACAAGCCAUUGAAGAACACGACUGGUCCUUCGUGAAGCAGGAUGACAGAUGCCAGUCCCCCAACAACAACGCAAACCACAGUGAAAACAUCUCCGAGACCACACUGCAGUCACUGGGGCGUUCACCCUCUACUCUUAUACAGUCCGUUGAAGAUGAAUCUUCCCAAGUUCCAGCGAAGUCAUUGCAUGGCGGGGCAGAUUACCUCGAUUUGAAGCUGGCAGACGGACAUCAACUCUCGCCCUUCACCUCGGACAACGACAUCGCAAGCGAAUGCGCAAACCCCUCUAUUACGGAAAUGGAGCCAUGCAGUUCAUACCAGAGCAUUAUGGGGACAGUGGAGCUGCAGAUUGCACAUACUAAGAGCAGUUCACACGAACUGCCCGACUCAGUCCCGGCAGCGCUUGUUGAAGAGGAGCUCUUCCAUGCUUCACAUGCCGAAGAAGUGCGAGAUCUGACGAUGCAUGGUGGGGUGGGGCUACAAAACCAAAAAGGCGAUGAAACAUGGAAUCCGAUCGACGGCGGACCGGUGGUUGACUGCUCAACGUCGUCGGGUUUGGUACCUCCCCGAGCGCAAACUCCAGUUGAUGGGAUGCACGUCAAGCAGGCCUUGGAGAUGGGAUCCGAAGAUUUUGUCCAUUCUGUUGACGAAACAGUGGAAUCGACGAGCUCUCCGCAUAUCAACGUUAUUAGAGGGGAGCACGAUGUUGCUCCUUCCAGUAAUGGCGAACCCAGUGACACCACCAGCCCUACCGAUACUGUGGCCACUUCUAUCGCAGAAGUCCCAUCGAAUGUCACCGAGACGCCGGAAAAGCAUGCCGACUCUUCUCAGUGUGCCAGUCUGUCAAUCGAGAUUGACAUUGACGAGGUUGGCAGUCCUAUCUCUCCAAUCGUUACACAUGCCGUGACCGAACAGCUCCGAGAUGCUGGCAAUCAAGACCUGAUUGAAAUCGAAGAUAUGCGAAUGACAGAUAUAAAGAAAGAAUCCCAAGAGGCCACACAGUCACCGCCAAUUAUCGCUGAUGCAAGCGCCGAGAUCAAAAGGAUCAGAUCCUUGAGCCCUCCCGACGAGAAAUUCUUAGGACGUGACGUCGUCAGCUCUACAGAAGAGAUAUCUGACGAAGAGAGCUCUAGACAAUCUAUUGGAUGUGUUCCAGGGGCUCAGAACAUCCGACCCUCUAGCCCAUCCGCAACAUCCGUCAGUCCCGUUCCAGGAUGCGAUAACCGGUCCCUCUUCACGAAGGUUCCCCAGAGCCCUAUCAUCGGCCAGGACACAUUUUUGCAGGAUACGGACAUAGAGUAUAGUGCGACUGAACACCAAGCGGCCAACCCUCUGUUGCCGGGCCUACAGCUGCAUGAGGCUACCUCAAACAUUGAUCCCAGCAAGUCCUACUCGCCGACCAACUGCAGUCAACACCCAGCGCUUUCUCACGCCGCUGCGAUUGAGCCAACGGCAAUAGUUUCCAGACCAGAACUGCCUGUACUCGUACCAGCAAGUCAAGGCCCCUCAAUUUCACUGGCAAUUCCUGCUCCUUCGCCGAUCAAUGACAUGUCUCCGAUCAUGUUAGCACUCGCUAUGUACAGGUUGGACACUGCAGAGUCUGUACUUGGUCUGAAGUGGCCGUUUGCUUGCGUAGAACCGGUAGUGGAUGUGACAGAAGGCCCAGCGACCAAGAAACGAAAAUUGAGCCCAAGCAUUGAGUCUGCCGUCGAGAAGAGCCCUGGGGCGAACGAUGUAGUUGGUGAAGAUCACGGUGCUCUGGAGGCACCGGAACAAAGCUUGGCCAAAGAGAUGGUGGUCGAAGAAGCACGCGAACGGGAGGAAGACUCGACGGUUCUUGAUUCGCAAAACAAGGCAGUCAUGCAACUGGACAGCGCAGUGAUAUGCACACAAGCCACGAACUCUGUAAGAACUGAUGCCGAGGCACAGGUCGACAGCAUCGCAACUCUGGGUGCGAACAUGCCAACUGAAGAAGCUUCUGCCAAUCCAGCCGACCCUGUAGCCCCAUUGAUGGCUGCGUUGAGUAAUUCUGCCGAAGAGGGGGUCAAGCGCUACAAUGAACGAAAUACAGAGAGUCAUGGGCGACGUCUGAACUCAGACGUUCUUCCGUGGUUCACCGGGCCUUGUAUUCAGACCACUGACGUGGACAUGCGAGAACAUAUCACGAGUGUCUCAUUGUCACCACCUCCAGAGCUCUCGAUCUCAGCUCCCAACUCCAUCUCCAAACCUCGUGAGCCUGGAAUCAAUUUCAAACCGUUGCAGCCGGCAACAGACCAAGAGCCGAUUACCAGAACAGAAGCCCUCGAUUCGAAAGCGCGUAGACACGACUUGGACGAAGUUAUACAGGAACAGCUGGCGUGCGAGAUGGACAUUGGCAAAUCGAAUAAGCCUAGUGAGGCUGACGAAGAGUCAAGCAGCAAGUCCGCCAUCCCAGCCGCUGUCGCUGUCAAAACAGAAGAGGCUCGUGCAAUACAAGACACCGUCGCAGCGCCCAACGCGUCUACGCCAGCGCCCCAAACCCAGGCAGUCAGCGCCACCGCACCCCCUCCCCAAAUCACAGACCCGCAAACCAGGCCCGUACUCCUGCGCGAACUCGACCUCGGCUACGGACGGCGCAUGACGCGCUCGCAGACACACAGCACCGAAGAGGCAUCGUCAACACGUUCAAAGCGGCGACACGACGAGCCGAACCCCGUGGCGGAAGCGGCAGACGUGGUAGAAACGAGCGACGCAGCUCGAAAAGACAGGAUAGCAGGAGAAGCAGCCAGAGCCGUAAAAAGCAAGAAGGCCACCGAAGCACGGAGCCCUCGAAGCACAGCCAGCGCGCGGGGCAAGAGGAACCAACACGGCUUCGUCGUCGACGGUGCGAAGCGGCGGCGGACGCGCAGCGAGGCGAUGGAGACCGACGCGAAACCAAACGCCCAGGCCGCGUCCCGAUCCGAAACAGCACCGAGGGCGAAACCGGCUGCGAGCGGUAUCUCCGCGGCCAAAUCUGCUGUGGGAGGGAAGACGCGGUCCAGGACCAGAUCCAUCGAGUCCUCUACACCCACGCCCACCCAGAUGCCCGGCGCAGUGGCCGAGGCGAACAGAGGGCGGAGACUGAGGAGUUGGAAUGAGAGUAGUUGUAUGUAG